AUGAAGCUAGAAGAAGCCGCUCUAACCUGUCUCGAGAUCUUUGACCUGUCCACCGAGUUCUCUGCUGCUGGAGGCCUCACUUUAUACAAUUAUCUCAACGAAUGUCGAACCACUCAAGGAAAAAAGUUGCUUCGUAAGUUUUUCAACUCAUUCUUACUUUUUCUUUAGGUGACUGGCUUCUGGAACCGUUGGAUGAUCUGAACGAGAUUAAUCGAAGGCAUGAUCUAGUCGAGAUCCUGGUGGAAGAUGUUGAAUGCCGAGAACAGCUGUACAAUAACUAUUUGAGGCAGUAUCCUGAUAUUUGCGCUGUAAAUAAGAAGUUGGGGACGGAGUCCGCUAAUUUGGAGGAUGUUUAUCGCAUUUAUCGGGCAUGCAAAAUGAUCAAUCCCGUUGUGGAUGCGUUUGACAAUCACAGAGACAAUGAAAGUGUUAUCAAGAUGGUCACCGUGGGUUUUUUAUUAUUUCUUGUGUCUUUAUUUAGGCUUGGAUGAUCUUCUAGAAGCUUGAUCAAUCAGUUUGGGCCGAAAAUUUUAUGACAUUUGACCUUUCAGGAACCUCUUCUCGUUCUGAAAGACAAACUUGGAAACCUCGAAGAGUUGAUUGAAAAUAAUGUCGAACAAGAUCCCGUAUCUCAGAUUUACCGAAUCAAACCUGAAUCUGAUGAGAAUCUUCGGCAGCUCAACAGCGUUCUUGAUAAAAUUCAUUCCAGAGCUGAAAAAAUCGCAAAUUCUUUAUCGGAAGAGAUUGACAGUGAUGCGAUUAAAGUUGAGUGCGACCCCAAUGACGGAUAUUACAUGAAAGUUACAUUGAAGGUAUGGGUUUUCUAUUGGAAUUUCGUUAGUGAUGUCAUUUAUGAUAAAAGUUUUAGUUUUUAGUCGGAAAAAGAGAUCAGAAAUGCAAGUGUGACAAUUUUGAAUACGAAGAAGGGCGGAGGAGUGUAUUUUGUCAACAGCCGAAUGGAAGCGCUUAAUAAGGAGUUUGCUGAUGCUGUUAAAGACUAUGAGCAAGCUCAAAAAGACCUCACAACUGACAUCAUGAAACAGUCAGGUAUGAAAUUUAUGUUCUUGUUGAGGUUAUAGGCCCGUAUCUUAACCUAUGGGCACAAAAAUAUGGGCUUGAUAUCUAAAAUAUUAAUUUGAUGACCUUAUUUUAGCCGAGCAUUCUAUUGAACUCUCCGAAUUGACCGAACUUUUUGCCACGAUCGAUGUUCUUGUUGCUUUUUCCGUGGUCUCAGCGACCGCAGUCAGCCCUUUCGUCCGUCCAGAGAUGUUAGAAAUGGGUAAGAAUGCCAUUUUCAAUAUUAGUUUUCUUACUUUAGGCACUGAUGUCUUUGAACUGAGAAAUUGCCGUCAUCCGAUUGUGGAGAAGAUAUUGGAGUCGUCCUGCUACAUUCCCAACGACAUUGUCUUCAAGGAUAACAAGAAAUUCAUGGUUUUGACUGGCGCUAACAUGGGAGGGAAGUCGACUUUUCUGAGAUCGGCAGCUACUUCUGUCCUCUUGGCUCAAAUCGGAUGUUUUGUUCCGUGUGAUUCCGCGAGGCUCUCAGUUUUUGAUGGACUCUUCACUCGGGUCGGCGCUGGAGAUUGCCAAUUCAAAGGAGUCUCCACUUUCAUGUCUGAAAUGACCGAUUGUGCAGUUAUUUUGGACAAGGCCACCUCUAAUUCCUUUAUUAUAAUUGAUGAAUUGGGCCGGGGAACUACUACUUACGAUGGAUUCGGGCUGGCUUGGGCGAUUGCUGAGUAAGUUAUGGACUGAUAGAGAGAUGAUUACUGAUAUUUUAGGGAUAUUGUGACUAGACUGAAAAGUUUUUGCAUCUUCGCCACCCAUUUCCACGAGAUGGCCUAUUUGUCUUACCAUUACCCGGAAAAUGUAAUGAAUUUGAAGGCUGAUGUCAGUGAAGAUGGUGAUACUAUUACUUUACUCUAUCAGUUCUCUCCUGGGGUCACUGAGAGAUCGUUUGGAAUCACCAUCGCCAAGAUGGUCAACUUCCCCGAAGAUGUCGUUCAGGUAAUAUAACGUUUAUUUUCGGGUUCCUUAUAUAAAUUUUUAGUUUUUAAAUUCAAAUUUAUGAGCGUUGAGCUUGUAUUUCGAUGAAUUUUCCUAUAUAAAUCAAAAUUGCGUGACUCACGGCCGUUUAUUUACAUUAUUCAUGUUCAGGAAGCCGAAACAACCCUCAAAAGCCUUGAAAAAUCUGAUGCUGAGAACGAAGCAAGAAAACUCCUUAUGUCCUUUAACGGAAUGAACGUCGAACGAAUCAGAUUCGCCCUGCAGAACUACGAAGAAUAG